AUGAGCGAGGACUCUUUAAUGGACAUCUCAUCCGAGAUGGAAAUGCUAGAUGCCGACUGUAUAAUCUUCUACGGGUCUGAGACGGGCACCGCUGAGAGUUACGCGACUCGGCUGGCCGCGGACGGUCGAGGGCGAUUCGGCCUUCGAACAGUCGUCGCCAAUCCCGCCGACUACAACUUUGACAGACUCGACAAGGUGGCCAGCGAUAAAACCGUCGUAUUUGUCCUGGCGACAACUGGCGAUGGCGAGCCGACAGAAAACGCCACAAACCUCUUUGACAGCGUUGCAGGAGAAGCACCAGCCCUCCUCAGGCUGGGAAGCUCGCCGCUCCAGUCUCUCCAAUUCAUGAUAUUUGGCCUCGGCGACAGCACCCACGACCAUUACAACGCCAUGGCCCGAAGCAUCAACCACGCUCUUGUCCGUCUCGGCGCAACACGCAUAGGCGAGCUAGGCGAGGGCGACGACGGCGAGGGGACCCUGGAAGAAGAUUUCCUCGCGUGGAAAGAAAAAGCAUGGGCUGCUCUCGAACACGUCAGGGUCCUACGCCGUACCAACCCCAAACACGUAUAUGCUUUGGACGUAGUCGAGCAGCCGUGCCUCAGCAAGGACUCCAGUACAGUCUACGCCGGCGAGCACAAUGAGCAGCAGUUGAAGGGCUGUACGAGCGGUCCGUUUGACAGCCAAAACCCCUUCAUUGCCCAAGUAUCAGAGAUUCGAGAGCUGUUCCAAUCCCCGGAACGAAACUGCCUGCAUUUGGACAUCGACCUCGCCGGCAGCGACCUCUCCUACCACACGGGCGACCACGCCGCCAUAUGGCCCAUGAAUCCCGACCCCGAAGUCGUGCGGCUCCUAAACGCCCUCGGCCUCGCGGACAAGCAAGACACCGUCAUCGAGAUGCACCCGCGGUGGCCCAUGCCGACCCUCCCGCCCAGUCCUACCACGUACGCCGCCCUCUUCCGCCACUAUCUCGACAUCUGCGGCGCCCCCUCGCGCGAUCUCGUCGCCGCCCUCGCGCCCUUUGCGCCCGACGCCACGAGCCGCGCGGAAACAGCCCGCCUGGGCAGCCGCAAGGCCGACUUUGCCGCACAAGUGACGCGGCCGCACAUGAAUCUCGCGCGGCUCCUGGACGCCGUCGGCCGCGGCAGGCCAUGGGACAAGAUCCCCCUGCCGCUUCUCAUCCAGGGGAUUCCCAGGCUCCGGCCGCGGUACUACUCCAUCUCGUCGUCUAGCCUAGAGCACCCGUGGCGCAUCUCGGUCACGGCUGUCGUCGAGGCCCGCCCCGUAUCGGGGCGUCUCUUCCACGGCCUCGCGACAAACUACCUCCUCGCGCUGAAGCAGGCGACAGACGGCCACUCUACGUACCGCGUCGCCGGGCCGAGAAACUCCCUCCAGGGGGGCAAGCUGCCCGUCCACAUACGCACGUCUAGCUUCAGACUACCUGCCGACCCAUUGUGUCCCGUCAUCAUGGUCGGUCCGGGGACGGGCGUCGCGCCCUUCCGGGCAUUUAUCCGCGAACGCAUGGCCCUGCGUCUGCGGGGCACGCAGGUCGGUCCCAUGAUGUUGUUCUUUGGGUGCCGCCGCCGGGGGGAGGACUUUCUCUACGAGGACGAGUUUGACGAGGCGAGGCGGUGCCUGGGCGAGGGGUUCCGGCUGGUGACGGCGUUUUCGAGGGAGGGCCCGGACAAGGUGUACGUGCAGCAUCGGAUCGGGGACACGGCGGGCGAGGUGGACGGGCUGCUGCGGCGCGGCGGGCACGUCUAUGUGUGCGGCGAGGCGGGCGGCAUGGCGAGAGAGGUUGGGCGCGCGGUGGCGCGGGUUAUUGCCGAGCGGAGGGGGGUGUCGCUGCCCGAGGCGGAGGGCGUGGUGAGGGAUAUGAAGGCGGCUAAGGUGUAUCAGGUAUGUGCUCUGCGUGUGGUUUCUUGUGCGUUGCUGCGGCUGGCGGCGCUUCUUUUGAUGAAGGAGGGGAUGGCUGACGAGCUGUAG